ACCAAACUACAAGGGAGGCGAAGACCUUUCUCUCCCUCUCUGCCCUUUAUCAACAGCCCAUCUCUCUUCACUUUCUUUUCACUCACUUUAAUCUCUUUCUUUUUUCUCUUCUCUUUUCUUUCAUGGUCUUCUUUCAGUAGCCAUGGCUGUAGAGCUCAUGAUGACAUAUAGAAACGAUGGUUUCGCUGCUAAAAUGGAAGAGAACGCCGUCCAAGAGGCUGCUUCUGGGCUUGAAAGUGUCAACAAACUCAUCAGACUUCUCUCGCAUCAGAAUCAAGAAAAUAUUCAAUCUUCAUCUUCUUCUCCAAGUUCAAGAUCGUCCAUGGAUAUAGAGAUGGAUUGCAAGGCAGUUGCAGAUGUUGCCGUUUCUAAAUUCAAGAAAGUUAUUUCUCUUCUGGGUCGAACCAGAACAGGCCAUGCUCGUUUUAGAAGAGCUCCUGUGGCUACUCCGUUCAGUAAUGCUCAGAUUAGCCAAGAAAAUCAAGUUCCUGCAAGUAAGAUUUAUUAUGCUACGCCGAUCCAGCAGAUUCCUCCGCCGCCUCCUCCUCCUCCUUCAGUUCCUAAUCAUUUCCAUGAUUAUUCUUCUAUGACGGUGAUGUCAAAGAACAAUGGGGUGACUAAUGACAGGAAAGAAUCGUCUACCACGAUCAAUUUUUCUUAUUCUUCUGCUGGGAACUCGUUUAUGUCUUCAUUGACUGGCGAUACGAUUGAUAGUAAACAGCCAUCGUCUUCAUCAGCGUUUCAGAUUACCAAUCUGUCUCAGGUUUCUUCAGCGGGAAAGCCUCCACUGUCGUCUUCUUCCUUGAAGAGGAAGUGUAGUUCUGAAAAUUUGGGUUCUGGAAAGUGCAGUGGUGGGUCUUCUGGUCGUUGCCAUUGCUCUAAGAAGAGAAAAUUGAGACUGAAGAGAGUUGUGAGAGUUCCAGCAAUUAGCUUGAAGAUGGCGGAUAUUCCCCCGGAUGAUUAUUCCUGGAGAAAAUAUGGACAGAAACCCAUCAAAGGUUCACCGCAUCCAAGAGGCUACUACAAGUGCAGUAGCGUGAGAGGUUGCCCAGCACGUAAGCAUGUGGAGAGAGCUCUGGAUGAUCCCUCAAUGCUUAUAGUCACCUAUGAAGGAGAGCACAAUCAUACGCUCUCCAUUGCAGAGACAAGCAAUCUCAUCCUAGAAUCCUCAUAGAUUAAUCACCAUCAUCAUCAUCUUCAUCCCAGCAUCAACAAAGAACAAAAUACAAGUGGGAUUGUAGUUUUAUUUCAGCCUUGAGUACUGUAGGAAGGGCAAAAAGUUUGUAGUGACAGUAGCUAGUGAGAUCUGUGGAAAUUGAGGAUUCAAAGAAACUUUCUCAAGCUUUAAUCUCAAAGGAGGUUAGUGGGGUUUGGUUCAUUUCGUUUCUCUCUGUAAAAUAUUUUAAAUUCCACAGCUGUCUUAAUUUUUAUUUAUUUUUUCA